UCACAUGGCGUCAGUGACCUUUCGUGUUUGACAUGCUGUGUGUAUGAAUGUGUUUUAUUAAACGUAUUUUUAGUUUUAAUCAGACAUUUGAUUUCCGAUCAAGAUGUCUUCAAUAAGAAGUGUCCUAAAACUGGUGAUGCUUUUGGGUAGUUUCGUGUUGACAGUUAAUUUCCUGAGAUAUUGGAUGGCAAAAAAACAGUAUAUUUUUACAAAAGAAGAUGUUGCCAAGAUAGCCAGACAGUAUGCAGGCCAAGAUCAUGAACAGGCUUUCUCUAAAGUAGUCGUGGAGCUGCGGAAGAAGUAUCCAGGUCACAUUCUGCCUGAUGAAGACUUACAGUGGGUGUUUGUAAAUGCUGGCGGGUGGAUGGGGUCCAUGUGUCUGCUGCACGCAUCUCUUACAGAGUAUGUACUGCUGUUUGGAACUGCUGUGGACACAGGUGGACAUUCAGGCCGUUACUGGGCAGAAAUAUCAGACACUAUCAUUUCUGGAACGUUCAGGCAAUGGAAAGAGGGAACGACGAAAAGUGAGACUUACUACCCAGGUGACUCUAUAGUGCACGCAGUGGGCGAGGCUACCUCAGUGCAAUGGAGCGCAGGAACGUGGAUGGUGGAAUACGGCAGAGGAUUUAUUCCUUCCACGCUAGGCUUUGCUUUGGCUGACACAGUCUUUAGUACACAGGACUUUGUAACCCUAUUUUAUACUGUUCGUGUUUACUUGAAGGGUAUGCUACUUGAGGCUAGCACUUCAUUAACUGAAGCCGGCGUCCUCUGAAAAAUCACACUAGAUUUUUGGUCAUUUAUCUUUGUUAUGUGGAUAAUUGAUCACAACGGUACAACUGACGUGUAUGGAAAUCACUUACUGUAACUACUAUCAAUUAAGAAUUUUAUUUUUUCCUACUGUACAACAAACUGAUGCCAUUUGUAAACGUGAAAAAUCUAAAAUACUGUGGCUGUUUCUUGGUAAAGACAAAACUUGUUUGUGUGCAUAGCACAUAUAUUGUUUUAACAGCUCAAUACUAUUCUGAAACUGUUAAAAUGAAUGUAUUUUGAGAUUCCACUCUUUGUACCUGUUUUAUUUGUACAUGCUUUCAUAACAGAUACAUUUAUUACCGUCCAAAUUUGUUAAUCGAAUUGUGUCUCUAUUCAGCCUGCAGUCCCUCCAAAAUAAAAAAAUAUA